AUGGCCGGCCGUGGUGCCGUGGUGGCGGCUUGUAGGGAAGCAGCGUGGGGGGGUAUCAAUAAUCAUGAGAAUUUCAUUAAAUUGAAAGAAAACGCUGCCAGAUGGUUACGACCAUCGCUGCAGCCUGAGAGAUGCACGGCCAUCCUCGCUACUACGGCCGUCGACGCUGCAGCCUCGCUACUACGGUCGUCGCAGCAGCCUCACCCUCAUAUGCGCGCCUCAUCCUUGCUGCGGAGACGCACGGCCAUCCUUGCUGCUCACGCUGCCCUCAUCCUUGCCCUCGUACGCGCGCCUCUGCUCGUGACAGCCACGCCGCCCGCGGACUGCACCUCGCCGACGGCCUUCUUCGACUUCGUCAAUGCUUUUCCCUCUGAUUCCGUCCGCGGCGUCCUCGUUCCUUGUUUCUCUGUGUUGAGCUCGCCGCUAGGCGUCAUCUUGGCCAGGAGAAGUUUCAUCCUUGAAAGUUACUGCCAUUUUCCCCGACGCUGGAGCAGCUGCCCUUCUCAAGUAUCAAUGGAAAGAUGCGCAAUUCAAGUGUGCCAGAUUGCAAAUUUCAAGUGACCAUGGCAACAUGCUGUUCCUGUUGCUCAAGGGUUCCAGCAAGCUUGUGGGGAAUUGAAGAUGGAGAUUGGCAACUUGAAGACCGAAGUGAAAGAACUGAGAGAGAUGAAGGGAAAGAGUCCAAUUGGUGCUGCUAUUGUUUUCAAGGCUAUCUUUGUUGUUGUCCUCAUCAUCCUUUCAUGUAAUGACUCUUCUGUUAGAAGCUUAGAAGCUAUGUAUGCCAAAUGUAUGACAAUAGUGUGUGCGUGUGUGUGUGGCUGUAUGUUUCCAGUGAAGUGCAAUGCAAUGAAUGAAUGAAUGUAUGUCUUUCUAUA